UGAUGUAGCGCGCGCCGUGUGGACUGCAGCAGGCCGCGCGCACGCCGAGAGAAAUCAGUCGUCGCGAGGCAAGCAGUACAGCAGCCGUGUCCCGUGUGCCUGUAUAGUGCGUCGUGAUCGUGCUCCGUAUUUACAUACGUAACACAGAACAGCAUACAUAAAUAUAUUUACACGCAUUCGCUCCGAACUAAUAGGCGUCGAAGAACGCACCUACACCCGCGUACGUCUAUCAAUCCGAGACUCCGCGAUACACAUCGCAGCUGUGUGUCUGUGUGUGUGUGUGUUGUGCCCGCGCGACUGCGAGGCGUAUUUUAUAGUACACGAGACCGAGAGAGCAGUCGCGAGUAGUAAGUCGAGCGCGUGUGUUUGUCAGUUGCGUGCAGUGUGUUGUACAUAGUAUACAAGUGCAAUUGAUCAUCGUCGAUAGCAGCUCGCAAGAGUUACAAAGACUGCAGCACAGAGGCCAGAGAGCAGCGUGUGCGCCGUUGUUUUGGGCUUUUUUCUUUAUUAUCAUCGCUCGCCCUUUGUGAGAGAGCCUCUGUUACAUACACAUAUGACUCUAUAUAGAUAGCAUUAUAUACUCGGUGCACUCGCAUGCAGUAUACGUCGAGAGCUAUGUAGUAACUACAGUGGAUCGCUACUAUCUACACUGCAGCUGUGCUACUGCUACUACUCUACCUACUACAUACUACGAUGAUAGUAUACGCGCUAUUCUGCGCUAGAAGCAGCAACAGCAGCACACGGGGUUAUGUUACGUCCCGAUAAUAGUGGGUGGUAACACCAACCGACUGACUUGCGGGGUUACUUCUGGCAGGCAGGGCGCGUGCACCUCGCCCCGUAUCUACUCUUGUGUGCAUCGAGCAGCUCGCGUGUGAAUAUAGACUACCGCGCGUGCGGCUCCGUGCAGGCGAAUAAACUUUUCCGUCACUCCUCUUUUACGGAGUUGUAGCUUUGUCGUUGUUCUUAUCGUUUCGCGCGUGAGCAAUUUUUGAAUUGAAACAAAAGUUAAAUAGUAGCGAAGAACCCUCAUCAACAAUGAGCCCCGCGCCAGCCCAAAGCGACGCUGAUACCGGUGCUGGUGUCGAUGCUGGCCCGCUCAUCGCUGGCGGAGGCGUUGCUGCUAUUAUCAAAGAUGACAUUACCGCCAACAUCGAGAAUAACGUGGGUAGAAAACCAGGCAAAAAUAUACUCAAAAGAACUUUUUCACAUAUAACCGCCAAAAGAAGAAUGAAAGGACAAAGAGAUUUGCCUGUAAAAGACACAAUUGUACCAUCUAAUGAACAGUCCAAUGAUUUGGAUUUGAGUCGUUCAAAUUCUGCUAGAAGAAAAGUAAAUCGAUCAUUAUCUAUCAAAGAAUUGCCUAGAAUCUUAAAGUCUGCCUAUCAGCGAUUCACUCAAGUAGGCAUACAAAAUCACAAGGGAAGCAGUGAUGGUAUAGAAUCUAGUGCUAAUGACAUAAGGGUACCUUUGUCGAGGCCCGCUCAUAUACCACCAGAUAUGAUUCCUGGUGUCAUAGGUUUAAGGAAUCAUGGCAAUACGUGCUUCAUGAAUGCAGUUCUGCAGUGUUUAUCGCAUACCGAUGUGUUAGCAGAAUACUUUGUAUUAGAUAAUUACAAAGCAGAUUUAGGGAGAAAGAAAAACUCUAAAAAGUACGGUACCAAAGGUGAAAUAACAGAACAAUUAGCAUUAUUGCUCAAAGCUAUUUGGAGUUGUCAGUAUGAUCCAGAGAUGAGCACAGCUUUCAAAAGUGUAGUUGAUAAGUACGGUAGUCAGUAUAGAGGAAAUUUGCAACACGAUGCACAGGAAUUCCUACUUUGGCUGCUGGAUAAAGUGCAUGAAGAUUUAAAUCUGGCAACAAAUAAGAAAUAUAAAAUUAUCAAGAACUCGUUCGGCCAUCCGGAAAUCGUAGCCGCCGAGACCCUGCAGAACUACGAACGCUGCAACUUCUCGUUCGUCCAUCAGGUGUUCCAGGCGCAGUUCCGCUCGAGCCUCACCUGUCCGCGAUGUCAGAAGCAAUCCAACACGUUCGAUCCGUUUUUAUGCGUCUCGGUGCCGGUGCCCCAGAGCCAGAAGCUCAUGAGCCUGUACGUCAAUGUGCUGUACACGUCGCAGCAGCCGCGACAGGUCAAAAUCGGCGUGAGCGUCGCCCAGACGGCCAAUGUCAAGGAGCUGCGCGGCAUACUGGCCAGCGACACGGGCAUCGACGAGAAUCACAUGCUCCUCACCGAGGUCCACGACGAAGGUUUUCACCGACUCGAUAUGCCCCACAGAACGUUCUCCGACUGCCAGCCGCUCUCGGUCAUCACGGAAAACGACCCGCUCUACUGCGUCGAGCUGCCCCAGCUCAAGGAGCCCUCGGAUCAGGCCUACGUGCUGCUCGUCUGGAUCAACGUCCUCGUCAAGGGCGACCUGAGGCAGCGCUUCGGCAGCCCCUACACGAUGCAGGUGUCGCGCGAGACUUCCUACGUGGAUCUGCAGAAGCUCCUGCUCAAGGAGAUGCACACGACCCUGGUGGACGACGUGCUCACCAGCGGCCAGGAGCCCGGCCUGUUCAACAUCAGGGUGGCUGAUCCGGCCUCGACCCCGGCCCAGGACGAGCACCCCUGCAUCGAUCCGGGCGUCGAGCAUCCGCUGUACACGGAGCAAAUCGAGCAGGCACUGGCGCUGUGCGCCGACGACUCGGGCCCGGCCCACGUCAAGCUCAUCCUCGAGUGGGACGAGUCCACCAAAGACAUGAUCAUACACGACGACAGCGAUCAGGUCGAGGAGCACGCCAGCGUCAAGCAACUCAAAAACAGCGUCGAGUCCGGCGGUACGGUUACGCUGGAGGAAUGCUUCGAUCUUUACACGCGAGAGGAAACUCUGGGCGUCGAGGACGCCUGGCACUGUCCCUACUGCAAUCGCAAGCAGGAAGUCGUGAAGAAGCUCGGACUGUGGUCGCUGCCCGACAUCCUCGUCAUACAUCUCAAGCGCUUCCGGCAGCAGUCCAAGCAGCGAGCGACUUCCAAGCUGACGAUGCUCGUUGAUUUUCCGCUCUACGGAUUCGACAUGACGCCGCACUUGGCUCGCAACGGCGUGCAGUCCCAAUCGAUACCGCUGCCGAGCCACCACACGGUGAGCAACGGAAACGGCCUGGGCACACUGGGCUGGUCGCCCUGGAAGAAACCGAGGGCGCGCCCCAACAAUCUGCACAAGUACGACGAGACCGUUUAUGAUCUCUACGCCAUUUGCAAUCAUCAUGGACAGGAUUUGCAGGGUGGACACUAUACAGCAUACUGUCGAAAUCCAUACGAUACCCAGUGGUACUGCUUCGACGACACGCGAGUAGAGGCUGUGAACGAAACGAAUCUCGUUACCAAUUCGGCUUACAUGCUGUUUUAUCAGCGACAGAGUCUGAGCAGCAAGCCUUCGACGGCUACGUCUUCGGCGGCCUCAACCUCUUCCGCGGGCUCCGGCGUGGAUCACUGGGUCUCGAAAAUGCCGCCCUUCCAUUACCGAAGCAACAGCAGCAACAACAAAACCGUCCCCGCGACGAUCACUACUCAGCCCACCAAUGAGCAGACCAACAAUCUCUCGAGUAACAAGCUGAGCAAGAGUCAGGAGGCCUUGAACCAGGACAAAACUGUCGCCGAAAAGAAUGCCAACAACUUCAACAGGGGCAGCAGAAAUUAUUCGACGUUACAGCCACCCAAGAGGAGAGAUACUCUGAAUAUGGCUGAUGAAGAGACGACAAAGACUACCGAUAACGACACGAUAGAAACGAACGGCAGAGUCGAAUGGACAAACUCAGAAUCGCCGAAAACAUCAUCGCCAAGUGCGCUAACAACUCAAAUACAAAUGUCAGUGGCAAAGACUACAAUAGGAGACAUCGACGAUUCAGAGCAGGAUUCAACGAUAUUGCAUGAAUCAACAUUGUAAUAAGUUCGAUGAAAAUGAUGCAUCGCAGCCAUUUGGCUCAAUUAUUACUGUGCCUGCUUUCUAAACUUGGAAACUGUGCCUGCAAUUGCGUUGUAUAUAAAACGAACAUUACUCGACUAAAUUCACUCAAAACGAGAUCGUACGUUGACGACUAUAUAGCUUGGGACUUUGUUACUGAUACAUUUAAGAUCUUUCUAGCCCCCUUGUCAACAAACUAACGUACCAACAAAAAAUAUCAUUUAUUGUAUUGUAUACAAGAUUUUUGCCAACGCGAGUUUUUUGUCAAAGAAAAAACACAAUAAAUGUAGAUAUUUGGAUUAUCACUUGAUCAUAGUUAUGUGUUUUGUCGAUAUUAGAAUCAUCAAAAACUGUGGUUCGAUAUUAUUAUAUUUGUAAUCUAUGUAAAAAAGAGAACUGAAAAGUGCAACAUGUUGAUUUUGAAUAAAUUGACAAUAUAGUCGUUGUUUUAAGCUUGACCGAUAGUUGUCUACUGUAUAAAAAAUAUUUAAAGAAAUGCAAUCGAUGAUUUCUUUAUAAAUUAAAAUCUUAUUAUUAUAGCACGAAAAUUAUUCUUGUGAACUGUACGCUUGGUUUUGAAAUGAAAAUUAUUGUCUACUAUGUGAUAACUCUGAAGCAGGCUUUAUUAUCUCUUAACUACAAAGUGAACUUCUGACCAGAUCAAGUUCAAGGAAAUUUUUAUUCGCGAAAAGUCCAUGAAGUUAUGAAAAAUGUGAUAUGGAAUUACGAAUAAAAAGUUUGUAAGAUUUAAAAGUAAUACUGAAGAUAACUUUGAAAGUUCUCAAGUCCUGAUUUUUAUUUUGAAUUAUAUAAAUAAAAGUUAAGUAGAGAAUGAAUGAGAUAAAACAAUAGAAUUUAUAUCUGAGGUAUUAUUAUUAAUUAUAAGCAUAAAUAUUUAUAAGAUAUGUAACAGAGUUGCAAUUUAUUAUUUUUAAGAUUUAUUGAAAUAAUCUUAUGAAAAAACCUAAGUACAGUUUCUAAAUUAGUUUAAGUAAAUUAUAUAGCUUGAUAAUGAAGAUUUUAUAUAUAAAUAAUUCUGUGUGCGUGAGUGUCCAGCAAUGAUAAAGAACCAAUAAACUAUUUUAAAUCACUCAAAAUGUAAUUGAGUUAUGUUCGAUAUUAUUGUCAUCUUCGUUAUUUCACAUCAAUUAAAAUUAUUUAAAUUGUAGUAAAGUCGAAGGAAAAUUUUGAGACAAUAAUGAUUAUUGUUCAUUUUGAUUUUCGUAAAUUCAAGAAAAUUACUUUCAUUUGUAGUGAGAAAAAUUCCUGCAAAGUGGUACGAGAUUUUGAGGAUUAACCAAUGUUUGAUUGCUCGUCAAAUUGUUCUAUUUAUAUCAUACCUACUAGUGGCCUUAAAUCUUCAGUAGACAAUGAUUGUAAAUUCAAUCAGUCCUUAAGAUUAAAAUUAUACUUCAUUUCGUUUAUUGUAAAA